UCAACCCGCGACCAAUACCGUAUGGAAAACACAUGAGAAAGUAGUGGAGUUUGUCGUUCAGUAGAAGUUGAGCGUUUCCAGUAGUUUCCAGUAGUUUCCAGUAGUUUCCAGAAAGCUAGGCCCGGUUUGUUGACAUUCAGUGUUAAUAUUGUCCUAAUGCGGGAAGGCUGGAAGUAUAGAAAAGGUUUUUGGGGCGUUUGAAAUGUCUCUGUUUCUGGUGAACAGAUAUCUCGGAGAGGAGGAUGAUGGGAGUGCCUCCAAAGAGUCUCGGUCCCAGGCGUUGCUGGCUAAACUGCAGCAGAAGGCAAAAGAGAAGCAGAAACAGAGUGUGACUGAACAGAGACAACACGUGCCUGAAGAAAAGUCAGAAUGGCAGGAUGUCACAAAGAAGAGAAAAGCCGACAAGGACCAUAGUCAGGAGCAUCAACACCAGAAAAAGAGGAAAUCAGAACAGGACUCUGAUGGCCAUGAUGAGGCGGUCGAAGAGAAAAAUAAAAAGAAGAAGAAGAAGAAGAAGGAUCAGUCAGGCGGUUCAGUUAAAGGUCUUGCAGACACUGGUGAGACAGGAAGAGAUGAACAGAAGGAUGCUGGAGGAGAAGUAGAGAAAGCAGAGACAGAAAACGACACAUCAAAACAAACCACAGGGAAGACUUCUGCUCCAACUGGGUUCACAGUUCUGGGAGGAUUUGAGAACAAACCAAUCCAAAAGGUCCACAGAGUCCUGCCUCAGUGGCUCGCUCAGCCUGAUGUGAUUCACAGAGACAUUAAAAGCAACCUGGUCCCUGUCUCUGACAUCCCAGGACUUUCUGCUCAGCUGGUGAAAAAAAUACAAAGUAAUGGAAUUCAGCACCUUUUUCCAGUGCAAGCGGAGGUCAUCCCGGCCAUCUUGGAGAGCGCGCAGCAGGGGCUGCUGAUUGGACGAGGCGGCUACAAGCCCAGAGACAUUUGUGUGUCUGCACCAACAGGAAGUGGCAAGACUCUUGCAUUUGUCAUACCUGUCAUACAGGUGCUGACGGAGCGGGUGGUGUGUGAAGUCCGGGCUUUGGCUGUGUUGCCGACCAAAGAGCUUGCCCAGCAGGUUUGCAAAGUGUUCACAUCAUACACUGAGGGGACCUCUCUGAAAGUGGUGAUGCUGGCCGGUCAGAAGACCUUUGCUGCAGAGCAGGCUUCACUCUCGGAACACAGAGGGGGCAUGAGACGCAGUUUGGCAGACAUUGUUGUGGCCACUCCAGGUCGACUGGUUGAUCACAUCAACAAGAACUCAGGCUUCUGUCUGGAACACCUCAGGUUUCUCAUUAUUGACGAGGCUGACAGGAUGAUUGACAGCAUGCACCAGUCUUGGCUCAGUCAGGUGGUGAAGGCGGUGUACAGAUCAGGGAGUGGACCAGAAGCCAUAUCCAUCUUCAGGCGGACUGAGCCAGCAUAUGUGACAGCAGCCAGUCUGUCUCCACCUCAGAUGCCACUGCAGAAGCUGCUGUUCUCUGCCACACUCACACAGAACCCAGAGAAGCUGCAGCAGCUGGGCCUCCACCAGCCCAGACUCUUCAGCUCCAUCCGCAGCCAAUCCAACACCACACCAGCAGCCCCCACCCAGAAACAAGACCGCUUCGACUUCCCCCAGGGUCUGACGGAGUAUUACGUGCCCUGUACGUUAAGCAAAAAGCCCCUCCUCAUCCUCCACUUCAUCCUGCGCCUGAAGCUCAGCCCCAUCCUUUGUUUCACCAACUCCAGAGAGACUGCACACAGACUUUACCUGCUGGUGCAGCUGUUUGGUGGAGUUCAGGCUGCUGAGUUCUCCUCCAGACUCUCUCCUGGUGAGAGAAAGAAGACACUGAAGGAAUUUGAACAAGGAAAGAUCCAACUGUUGAUCAGCACGGACGCAGCUGCCAGAGGCAUUGACGUCAACGGGGUCAAAUGCGUUGUGAAUUAUGAUGCACCGCAGUACAUCAGGACGUACAUUCACAGGAUUGGAAGAACAGCGAGAGCAGGGAAAGCCGGCCUGGCCUUCACCUUCUUGCUAGGAGUACAGGAGAAGAACUUCCUUCAGAUGGUGGUGGAAGCAGGAAGCCCUGGGAUUCAGAAGCAGAUCGUCAAACCUGAGAACCUGAAGGGUAUGGAAGCCCGAUAUGAACAAACGCUGCAGGAGCUGGCCAACGCCAUCAAGGAUGAGAAAGCCAAAUAACAGAGCCACACUGGCACUCUCCUCUGAGCUGACAUCUUAUGAGGAUCACGUUGCAUUUUCUUCAGUUGUAUUUGUAGUGAAUUUAUGUUGUUUAAUAAAACAUAACAAGUGUG